AUGAAAAGGCUCGGCUCGCCGGCUCACGAGGCGGCCUUGACGGAGGCGCCGCGCCGCGAGCACUCGCACACACUCGCCGUGCCGCCCCUCUUCAUCGACCGCCACCCCGUCACCACGGCAAACUACUCGGCCUACCGCCGCGCGACGGGCUACGCGCCAAAGGACCCGCUCAACUGGCUCAGCAACUGGCGACCGGGCGCGCAGUACACCGACGAGAUCGCCGACGAGCACACGCGCUCGGUGCUGCUGCGCGGCGGCUCAAACUACCGGCCGGACGGGUCGCACUGGUACUUUCCGAACCGCGGCGGGCCAGGCAGCGGCCCUCCGUGCACCACGCACAACAAGUACUUCCUUUUUGGCGAGUCGUACGAGCGCGCCGGCACUGUCGGUUUCCGAUGCGUCUACGACCGCCCUGCCCCCGCCACCCCGCCGCUCGGGCCCGACCGUGCCGCCGGAAUCGGCGUCUAAACUGAGAGCCGCCGGCGCCGCGAGCGCCUCGGCCGCGUUGCGGUUUACACACCGCGACGAGCGGGUGGGGUGGGAGCACAACACUUGUCGUGCCAGCAGCGAGUGUGCUGUGAGGAGUAGUCUGCUGUCAGGAGUAGGGGGUGGACAGCGUCCUAAAAUCUAAAACCUGAGGAUUC